AUGCUCGGCUACGCUGGCAAAAGAUUUGCAGCCUCAAAAGCCAUCCUUUCAGAUGACAAGACUGUGAAAAAGCUGCUCGCAUCCUUGAUCGCCGCCUCCCAUCAAACCCUGAGCCUCCACAGUCCGGUGUGGAGUAUUGAUAGCCGCUUGCCGUCCAACGGCUAUCCCAACGAUGAGAGCCUUAUUUGCCAGGUAUUCGUACAUGCGAAGCUUCUCGCCGUCGCUUCGUUGAGACCCGCACGGUUGUCGCAUGCGUGA